AUGUCAGAAGAUACAUUCCCGAGUACACUUGAAAUGUUAUCUGUAGAACUUUGGCGCGAAAUUUUUGAAUAUUUGAAUUCUUAUAGUUUAUGGUAUUCAUUUCGUGGUUUGAAUAGAAGAAUUGAUGCAAUUAUUGAUCAAACAGCAUUAUAUUUUAAUUUUAAAAAGAAAGGUACUUAUGGUUACUUUAUGAAAACUAUUCUACAACCGAUGAAGACUGUUAAUGUUCGUUCAUUAAAUUUUAUAAAUUUGAAUGAAAUACAACCUUUUUUCUCGAACUUUUCUCUUGAUUCAUUAAUUCGUCUUCGUUCAUUAUCAUUAAAAUUUAUGUAUUCUUUUAAUGAUAAUUCAUUUACAUUUUGGAAUCAACUUUCAUCUUUGAAACAUCUACAAGUAUUGAAAAUUAUGUUUUGGAAUUGUUUAAUACGCAGUAAUUGUGUUGAGGAAAAGAAAUAUAUUUUAUAUUCGAUAUUUAAUAAAGGUUAUUGUCCAUCGUUGAAAUGUUUUGUGAUCAGUACUGGUGGUAUGCAACAAAGUACACACACAAUUCCUUUGUUAAUUACAACAACUAAAACAACAAAUAUUCAAUAUCUAUCGAUUGACGCACUGACUUUUAAUGAUUUAAUGAAAUUACUUCCUGCUUUGCAAAAAGUUAAAUUAUUUUAUGUCGAUUACCAAAUGACAUGUGAUGGUAGUUUUAAUGAACUACAUCAGCCAAUGAUAGUGGACAUGCCGUUGCUAUCGAAAUGUGUUGACUUGCAUUUAAAGUUAUCAAAUGAUAUAACAUUAGAACAUAUCGAAUAUUUACUAAAACAAACGCCUGGUUUAAAGAAAUCAUUUAUAUGGGGUUGGUAUCAUUUACUUGAUGCUAACAGAUGGGAAUAUUUAUUGUCCAUGUAUUGUACGAAAUUAAGAAGUUUUCAAUUAAUAUGUACUGGUCAUAUUUGUAGUGAUGAUUUUGACCAAGCUAUAGAUGAUUUCGAACAAACAUGUCAAAAAUCACGAUUUUGGAAUGAACGAAAUGUUAAAAUUUCAUGUGAUAAAGAUUUUUCAGUUCAUGAUUAUCGUGAUGAUGUUAAUAUUGAAUUUAAUAUUUAA